UGGGAGGGUGCUGAAACGAAAUGUAGGGCAGCGGCGAGUUGGGACUCGUCUUUGGCGAUACAAGGUGGUGGAGAGGACUCAGCGUAACUUUAUGUUUUUUUAUCCCUCUCAAAGGAGAAUUUACAUACGUAUCGGCCGGGGUUCCAGUCAUUGUGAGUCUCACUGGGUUAGUUGAUUCCUGAUCUCUUGGUCAUCGGACAGCCUGCAGUCCAUCCAAUGUGCGUAAAAGGGGUCUAUUUCCUCACCGUCCUGUCUGGACUCGCAGCUUCAGGCGUGCUGCAGGUUAGCGGAAUGCGUAUAUACACAUCUGGGAAUAUGGAGGCGGUCAACGGGACAGAUGUUCGUCUGAAGUGCACAUUCCAGAGUUCCUCUCCCAUCAACCCCAACGCCAUCAUCAUCUCAUGGAGCUUCAGACCCCUCAAUCUAGACCAAGAAGAGUCGGUGUUCCACUAUCAGCAGAAACCAUACCCUCCUUUAGAGGGCCCUUUCAGGAAACGUGUCGUUUGGGCCGGUGAUGUCAUGGGCCGUGACGCUUCCAUCAUACUUCAACAGGUCAAGUUUACCUACAACGGCACUUACAUCUGCCAGGUCAAGAAUCCGCCAGAUGUCCACGGCAUGGUUGGAAAGAUUCGACUCAGUGUCGUCACCACAGCCUCUUUCUCCGAACUUCUCCUUCUGGCGUUGGCCAUCGGGGGUGGUAUUUCUGCUGUGGUCAUCCUCCUCAUCAUCAUUGUGUCCUGCAGGCGGUGCAAGAAGAGGAGACAGGGAGAGCGGGAAGGGAAUGAGGAGGCUCCCCGCAAAGAAAGAAAAGAUCCCACUGUGUGGUAAGACCAAGAGAAAGACAGAGAGAGAGGAACAGGGGGAUUGAGAGAGGAACAGAAGAAUCACCCACUUCCUCUCUCGCUCUCCGUUUAACUCUGGGGUUCGGGGCAUGUGGCGUUCCUUCUUGGGGCCAGUUCUUUUUCUACUGGACGUUUCACUUCCUCCCUCCUCUCAACCGCGGUCUUUGAAUCCCAAACCUUGACUAGUUUAUGCGCAGCUGUCAUUAACCAGAGAUGCAUUUGGAAUGUUUCUUUGUAUAGGAAGCUGUCCAUACAGAACUUUAGCCAGAUUACUGUGUAGCCUUCAUGAUAUCACAGUGUGCCUUUCAUUUCUGGAGAGAAACAACUGUUCAUCUUUUCCUCUUCACCUAAAUGGGCUUCCAAGCACAUUUCCUGUUUGGAGUAAAUGUUUUGAUGAUGUAGAGAUCGAACAAUGGUGUAUUCCUGCUGUUUUCUUGUCUACUAAUACAUUUCAAACUCAAACAUACCACAGCAGUACAAGCCACAUGUUUUGCUGCUACAUUGCUUCAACAAACAAUAUGAUCUGUGGAACAAUGAAUGAGCACCUCCCUAACUUCCAUUGAAAAUGUGUUACCACAUGAUGGAAACAUUAUGAAACCCCAUACAUGUCGGGGAUCUGUAUCUAUCAGCCCUCAUUUCAAAGGUUGUAUAUAUCACCUGUCUGAUCCACUUCUGAAUCCACAGGAUGAUGAUGGUGUGCCUUUCCUUUUUUUAGUUCUACUACUGAAGUUGUGUUGCUGUAUUUCUGAGAUUAUGUGCUGUUAUUAACCUGAUGUUGAGACAGAAAUAAUCAAGGUGCUAUCAAAUAAUCCAAACCUGUUGGAUAGCACUUGGUAGAAACAGACAUUUCCUACAGUAGUUACAUGCAAUUUCAAUUCUAAAUUUUAUUGACAAAGUGGCAAAUGGUUUUUAUCAACCCAUAGCCAAUGGCCAAUGUUUGUUUUGAACAAUAAGCUGUUUUUUCAAAAGUGUCUUUUAUCUCUUUCUCUCUUGGGUUUUCAGAUCUCUCUGUAAUAGGUGCCAUAACUAGUUACUGUCACCACAGUGUUGCAAUACCGCAACUCACUGUAUUCGGCAAAUGUUAAAAGCCAAGUUCCUCAAGGAAAAGUUGCCUGUUUUGCUUUCAUCUUGAUCGAUCAGAUUUAGUCAGACUUUAAACCGAAGCUAUCACUGAAAAAGUUGGCAAAGGAAGCACAUAUUUCUAUCUAAUCUUUGCUCUCAACUUGGGACAACUUAAUCAUGUGUGACACCAACCCUUUGUCCUUUGUCCUUGCUGUGUUUGUGUUGUCUAUUCGUCUUUGUCCUGUCCCCAUUGUGUGUGACUUAUGCACAUGCAUAAACAUAAAUAAUUAACAAAUGUGUCAUGCAUGAAUUCAAAUCCUGCUCCCGUGUGUGUGUGUGUGUGUGUGUGCUAUUUUGCUCCCCCUUUGUGCAUGUCUCUUCUCUGUGUGCGUGUGUGUCCCAGCCACCCAUUAAGGGACGUCCAACUCUACCUAUCAGAGACAACCAUAGAGAUUGGCAGUUCUUAAGGCAUGAUCUCAGACCCUAGCAUCAAAAAAUCAAGCUCCUCAGAAGACAAAGGCUUGAGCCAAGUUGACGACAACGACAACUAUGACUCCGACCGGGACAGACAGGCACUCAGAAACACUGAAGCCAACCAGAAAGCGCACUAGAGAGAUCCCCAGAGUGCACACGUGGAUUCUUUUUCAUUGUUCUCCCGAGUGGAGAUGAAAAAAGCGUUGCUACUGCUACUGCUGCUGCUGCUGCUGCUGCUGCUGCUGUGCCAAAAACCAUCACAUUGAUGAAGAAUGGGAGAACAAACUGAAAGAAAGUUUUGUUUUAAAGUUUUCAAAUAGGAACAAAGAGAUAGAGCAACGAUGAUCAAGUCUUUGAAACACAGAUCAUCCUCAAAAGAAGUGUAACUUUACUUUUGUGAGAGCUUAGAACUAUUCAUAAUACGAUAUAUAUAUAUAUAUAUAUAAAUAUAUAUAUAAUAAGGGGAGGAAAUGUUCAAUUUAACCUGCAGUGCUUUGGAAAAGAUAGGCAUUGUCAUCUAGAAGCUGACUUGGCUACUGUCCUGAAGGGACAGUGGGACAAUUUGUGCUCAAUAACUUUCUGUUGACUUAGACAUGGAUUUUGUUAGGUGUGCGAAGUCAGUAGCAAAAUCAACUGCAACAUGCAACUGAAAGUAGUCAGAAUGAGGACGUUUUUGAGAGUGCCUAACAUUUGCAAACCCUUUGCAAAAUGACUUAGCACAGUAUCAACAUGUAGAACAUGUGGGAUCAUCUUUCAUAUAGUUUUACAAUUCAAUGCUGUAAGGAUAAUGUAGGUCUUGCAUUUCAAUCAGUUAUCUUAGCUAUAAUACCUGCCAGUCUUAGAGCUCUUGUUAAACGCAGUGUUAUGCUCCAACUAAAGGCUGAGGGGCUAUUGUCACUUCACAUAACUUGGAUAAAAAAGCAUAAAUGUGAUGUUGCUGUCAUUAAGUAUGAAGGCCAAAUACCAGGUAGCAAGCAACCACAUGCACGCCGUACCUGUCCUGAGUGUUGUGUUGGCGCGCACAGUUAGAUCUGAAAACCCUUUGAUUACAAAAUGUCCUUGAGAGCAUGUUUUCUCUCUGUGUGUCUGUGAAUGCAUCACGUCUACUAACAAUUGAUUGUAACACCUGUUUUUCUUACGUUUUAUGAGAUAAUUUUGUACUUCUGAUGUAACACUGAGCAAAAUGUUAAUAGAUUUUUUAUUUUUUAGAUAAUGCCAGAAGUAUUUUAUAACAUUGUUUAAAAUGUCACUGUUUGUGUUUGUUAUAGAGCUUUUAUAUAAUGAAAAUGAUUUUCUAAUAAAAAUGCCUUUACAGUAAAUGUUUACCACAUUGGGUCGCAUCAAAAUUUCACCCCACAAAGGUAAUCUGGGCAGACACUAGCUGGCCAAUAAAGAAAUACAAACAAAUAAUCACACGUAAAUUGAAAAUAUUUAAGAAAACUCAUCUAUUAUGUAAGAAAGAAAUCUUGUCAUUCAUCAUUUAUUAUGCAUCAUUAUCUUUAAUGCACUGCCUCCAGUGCUUAUGGUGUGCCUGUCUGCAUAGUCUGUCACUUGUUUACCUGUAUGCAUUACUGCAGUAAAUCAUUGUUUAAUUUGU